AUGGCAGCAGUAGGAACGACAGAAAAGGGCCUAGUUCGGUCUUCGUUGACGGCAACGGAAGCAAACGACGUUGCUGGGAACGACAGUCGCGCCGUCCGGCGGUGGUCCUAUCUUCACGGAAACGGGUUGCACGAUCGCUUUGUUGAGUUGCUUCAUCGCAGCGGCAAUUGGGAGAGUGAACAGAGAGAAACUGUGGGUUUGUGCGUGUUCCGGCAAGGGUUACGUUUUCACUUUUCCGGCGACCUACUCCUGCAAACCGAUCACGAUCUAAAAUUUUGCUACAUCUGCGACAGGAAGGAAACGAGAGGGAGCGGGAAGAGAUUUAUUGAUCGGAACAAAAAAAACGAGAAGACGUCGACUGGUAUUUUGGUAACUUGAGGAGCUACGAGCAAUUGUGUUACUAAUACACCAAGGUAGCUUAGGAGCUUGGCUUGGUGAGGCGGGGUCACUUUUGGGUAGUUUAUCCUUAGAAUAAAGAUGCCACUUGGACACGUUAUUUAAUUUUGAUAUUUAUGCUUCCGCUACAAUUUAAUACUUUUGAUAUUUUGGUUUUGAAUUGAACUUAACGUUGUGGUUUGAAAUGUUUUUGAAAUAAACGAUGUUUACAGUCUUC